UAGCAACUUGGUGCAGUCGUGUUUUGCUUAAUUGCAGGGACAGAAAAACAAGCUCAAAUAAGCAACCGCACCUUAAAAAACAAGCUAAAAAAACAACAAGUGACUGACAAACUUUGCAAGCAACUUUAGAGAAAGAAACAAUAAUAAGCGGACUUGGCAACACUCCUGCUAGCAGUUAGUAAGUUAGGAAGUAGCAAGUGUUGGUAAAGGAGAGGGUGGGGUUUCCACACCACUUACUCGGUUAACCACACUACCUGGCCCAGAAGCACACGGGGGUGGGGGGAUUCACACUCGCGUCACAAGGUUCACGGCUUCUCCUUGACGGUUUUUUUCAAACAGAGUCUUCCGUGAGAAGAUGCUAGAAGCGAGCGUGGAAGAAGACGAGAAGGUAACUUCGGACUGACUCUCACUUCCUCUCUGGCACACAGGAAGUGACGUGUGACCUUCAACCUCAGACCCGACAGGUCAUGGCAGCCUUGUCGGCGGCGUGGCUGCGAGUGCUCGCCGCUCUGGUCUUUGUGGCGCUCACACACAGCCACCAGGCGGCGCCAGACACCUUCCAGGCCAGCGCAGGCCGCCUCCUCCUGCUGCGAUGUCCCCUGACUGGCGCGCACAGCAACGUGACGUGGACCAGAGGGGGGACCGGAGGGGGCACCCUGCCCCCCGGGGUGGAGGUGAGAGAGGGACUGCUGUGGUUCCUGCCCGUGCGCACCUCUCACAACGGCACCUACACCUGCGAGGCCAGAAGGGACCGGCCUGGACAACUGGUCUACUUUGGGGUCUUGGUGUCCCCUGACCUCUGCCCCCCGGCUGCCGAGGUCAGGAGCAUGGACCUGGGGGUCAGCGAAAGUCUUCCCUGCCAGCAGGACGACAUUCUGGGACUCAACCGCACACACAACCUCCGCUGGCUCAAGGACUGCCACCCUGUGGAGCGCCAGGGCACGCCCGUGGCGGUGCACGCCAGCGGCUCCAUGAGGCUGACCGGGGCCACGCAGGAGGAUGCCGGGAAGUACACCUGUCUGGUGGAGGUCCGCCUCCACGGCAGCACCUACACGUCCGCACGCAGCAUCCAGCUGGAGAUCAACAAUGUGUCGCUUUUUACCGACCCGGAGGUGUUCCUUCAACAGGAUGUGGUGGCGGUGGAACUGGGUGCCAGGGUGGAACUGAAGUGUCACGCCUUGAUGGGCUUCCAGGUGGACCAGGAGACCUUCUUGUACUGGCUGGUCCACGGGACGUACGCCGAGGAUGACGAGGAGCUGCAGGAGUCGGUCCACUCCAGUCGCAGUCGAGGUCGAGUGGUCCUCACGUCCACUCUCACCAUCGCCAAAGUGGUCCCUCGCUUCCUCAACACGAAUUUCUCUUGUCGACUCAAGCACCCUCGCAGAAACAAAGAUCGCCUCCUGCUGCUUGUGGAAGCCAGUCCCAGCCGCUCGUACACCGCCGUGUGUAUCGGUGCGGUCGCCUCGCUGCUCUUCUUCUUCCUGCUGGCGGCGGUGCUGCUCUUCUUCAAGGUGGACGUGACGCUGGCGUGCAGGAGGCUGCGAGGACGUUUCAGCCGCCAGCGAGGUGAUGUCACGUCGCCGGGCGCCGGUGUAAGGAGGUCCGCUUGUCGCCGCCGCCGCCUCCUCUCCUCAGACGUCUACGACGCCUUCGUCAGCGUCCUCCAUGACGGCCGGCCCACCUCAGCCCACGCCGUCGCCGCCGCCUUCGCCCUGCGCACGCUGCCUGGCCAGCUGGAGGAGCGACAUGGCUACCGCCUCUUCAUCGCAGGACGUGACGACACACUGGGAGAAGCGAGACACGACGCCAUGGCGGACGUCCUGUGCAGAUGUCGCAGGCUGAUCAUCAUCCUGUCCCGCGGGGGGACGCAGACGGAGAGGAAGACGGAGACGCAGACGGAGACGGAGACGGAGAGGAUGACGGAGAUGGAGAGGAAGACGGAGACGCAGACGGAAAGGAAGACUGAGAUGCAGACAGAGACGGAGAGAAAGACGGAGACGCAGACAGAGAUGGAGAGGAAGAUGGAGACGGAGACGGAGAAGAAGACGGAGAGGAAGACGGAGCGGAGGGCGCACCUGAGCUACGAGCAGAAGCUGGGCCUCCAUGACGCUUUGACUGGCAAACACCCGCGAGUCAUCCUGGUGGAGAUAGACGGUCCCCUGGACUACGGAGACCUGCCAGAGUCCCUGGGCUACAUCCGGAGGCGGCAAGGAGCUCUGACAUGGAGGACCGACGGACAGUCCAACAGAAUCUUCUGGAAGAAGCUGCGCUACCACAUGCCCUCGCUACCACAGGGCGGACAGCCUUCUUUGUAACACCACGGUCAAAAUGGUAUACCUUUUUCUAGUUUAGCUCACAUCUUUUUGACUUCACAUUGGAGACGAAACAAUUUCACCAUAAACUGCCGUAAAGUUCUGAACGCUUACCGUCAACUUUCAAACUAAUGUGAUAGUCAUCUACUGCACAAGUAGCUAGCACGUGUUAGCGACAUAUAUUCCAGCACAUGUUAGCGACAUAUAUUCCAGCACGUGUUAGCGACAUAUAUUCCAGCACAUGUUAGCGACAUAUAUUCCAGCACGUGUUAGCGACAUAUAUUCCAAAGUCUCAUUCUCUAAUCACUUCAAGGACAAAAACAUGUUUUUUUGUCUUUGCAAGUUUGGAUGGUGAGAAGAGGUGGCAGGAAGGAGAGAAACAAGUUUGGAUGGUGAGAAGAGGUGUCCGAGAGGAGAUAACAAGUUUGGAUGGUGAGAAGAGGUGUCUGGGAGGAGAUAACAAGUUUGGAUGGUGAGAAGAGGUGUCUGAGAGGAGAUAACAAGUUUGGAUGGUGAGAAGAGGUGUCUGGGAGGAGAUAACAAGUUUGGAUGGUGAGAAGAGGUGUCUGGGAGGAGAUAACAAGUUUGGAUGGUGAGAAGAGGUGUCUGGGAGGAGAUAACAAGUUUGGAUGGUGAGAAGAGGUGUCUGGGAGGAGAUAACAAGUUUGGAUGGUGAGAAGAGGUGGCAGGAAGGAGAGAAACAAGUUUGGAUGGUGAGAAGAGGUGUCCGAGAGGAGAUAACAAGUUUGGAUGGUGAGAAGAGGUGUCUGGGAGGAGAUAACAAGUUUGGAUGGUGAGAAGAGGUGUCCGGGAGGAGAUAACAAGUUUGGAUGGUGAGAAGAGGUGUCCGGGAGGAGAUAACAAGUUUGGAUGGUGAGAAGAGGUGUCAGGAAGGAGAGAUAACAAGUUUGGAUGGUGAGAAGAGGUGUCUGGGAGGAGAUAACAAGUUUGGAUGGUGAGAAGAGGUGUCUGGGAGGAGAUAACAAGUUUGGAUUGUGAGAAGAGGUGUCCGGGAGGAGAUAACAUGAGAGUGGACGUCGACAACGCCCAAAGAUUCUUUAGUUAGUUGCUAGCUAGCUUAAAUGCUAACACGCUAGCAUCUUUCCUCAUUAUGAACAGUUUUGCUUUAUCAGUAAACAAAAUGCCAGAACAAUAUUUCAAGUUUAGUUUAGCCAAGUAAAGUAUAUAUUGUGUGUAUUUUUAUGGAAUAAAUAAUGCUAUCAGCUACGAUGCUAUCAGUGUGUUACGUAGCGUGAUAAAAAUGAUAACCACGAUCCAUCUUUUGUGUCGCUAUAAGUCUUUUAAGAACUUUUCAUGUUUUUGCUUCACAUAUUGUGGAACCUCCUUUUACAAACUUCACAUAUUGUGGAACCUCCUUUUACAAACUUCGCAUAUUGUGGAACCUCCUUUUACAAACUUCACAUAUUGUGGAACCUCCUUUUACAAACUUCACAUAUUGUGGAACCUCCUUUUACAAACUUCACAUAUUGUGCAACCUCCUUUUACAAACUUCACAUAUUGUGGAAGCUCCUUUUACAAACUUCACAUAUUGUGGAACCUCCUUUUACAAACUUCACAUAUUGUGCAACCUCCUUUUACAAACUUCACAUAUUGUGGAAGCUCCUUUUACAAACUUCACAUAUUGUGGAACCUCCUUUUACAAACUUCACAUAUUGUGGAACCUCCUUUUACAAACUUCACAUAUUGUGGAACCUCCUUUUACAAACUUCAUGUCUUCGUACAUUCAAAAGUUUGUAUAAGAAGAACGCUCGCUAGCCUCAACAAAAGUUUAAAGGUUUGUACACAUUGAACACAAGAUCCAUCCAUCCAUCCAU